GUUUCCAUGCCGUCAUAUCCCCUGAGGGACCGGGAGCCAAUAGCGUCGCUCGACAACCCGGAAGAAACAGCAGCCCGAAAAGAGCGCCUGGAUUUCAAUUUUAGAACAGAUACGAAGACAUUGACAGAUCUGCAGUCAGUGUCCGCCCCAGUAGACGAUGAGUUUCUCCCCCACCCCCGUGGGCCCGCCCAGCAGCCGUAGUGUCCAGGAGCAGAGAGAGAAGUGGGAGAGGAAGAGAACCCGUACAGUCAGGGCCCUGGUCCAAACUGAACAGAAAUACUGUAAACAACUACAACUAGUCAACACGUACUUUGUGGAGAUUCUGAAGGCCAAAGGCACCCUGAGGCAGGACAUUAGAGAAAGCAUCUUUAGUUCCAUUCCAUCCGUCUAUUCAGUAAACCAGACGUUGUUGGUCCGUCUGGAGAACGGGGACUUGGGACGUGGAUUUGAUGACUUCUGUCCUCACCUCCACCACUACGUUACCUACGUAGACAACAUCCAGAACGCCAGCAAGGUCCUGGCGCUCCAGGUAAAGAAGAACAAAGCCUUUAGAAGGUUUAAGAAGCUCCAGGAGUCCAGACCAGAGUUCCUCAACUGUAAACUAGAGGACCUCCUCCCACUGCCCAUACAUCGCAUCCAACAGUACAAGCAUUUCUUACGGGAUCUGUCAGAGAACACGAGUCCAGAUUACCCAGAGUUCCAACCGCUUUCAAGGUCGGUGAAGCUGAUCUCUGAGGUAUCCCAGCGUAUCCAGGACAACGCCCGCAGCCAUGACAACCACCUGCAGCUGCGGCGGGUGCAGAGACUGCUGAAGGGGAGAAAGACCAAGGUGGAAGCUCCAGGACGCUGGUACCUGCGUGAGGGCUGGCUGCGCACUGUCCCCCCUAAAGGAGCAGAGGUCAAACCCAAGAUGUUCUUCCUGUUUAGUGAUGUCCUUCUCCAAGCCAAGCCCUGCCACCCUCUCCAUCCCACCAACGGAGAUAAGUUUGCUGGCCAGAGAGUCUACCCACUGAAGGACUGUACUGUGGACAAGGUGUUUGGGCACACCCAGAGCCAGGGCGGCCUCCUCAGUUUGACCUUCCCUAAAGCCAAGCUGCUGCUGAUGUCCAGCGAUCAGGAAGAUAUCAACGACUGGUAUUACAGCCUGAGCUCUGCUGUAGGUCAGUUAAAGUCCAGGAACACAGUGGUCCAUCAGAGAGAUGAUCUGGUCAGGAGACCUCUACGCUGCUUUGUAGAGGACCAGAACAACCAAACUACCCCCUCCACACCACCCGCCACCACCACCCCAGGGAGGAAGAGGGUGGCCCCCCCUCCACCCCAGACCCCCUCCAGACCUACCACUCCAGCAGAAGCAGAGGGCAGCGCCUCCAAGAGGAUGAAGCUGACUGGGGGGCCAGCUGAGAGUGAAUCGGCCAGGUCAAGCUGUGUGAUCCUGUGAAGGACCAAGAACUUCAGAGAUCCUUGUUCUUUCACACAAACCAAUCAAGUCUGACAGAUAAGCGUUAAUGGGGGGGUGUAUGAGGAGAGAUUGGAGGCCGCUAGAUGCUGGAGAAUUAGGUUAAUGGGAGAGAUGGGAGGUAGUUAGAUACUGGAGAAUC